GCUUUUGUAAGUAUAGGUCGGUAAAAGGAAGGAAGAACCUUCGACCGCCAUCCGUUCUGGAAAUCUCUGGCAGCAUCCGAGCCUGAGCUCCCCCCCGGGGUUUCUCUCUGUACUUCCCAACUUCACUGUCCCAUCAUAAACCCUAACGUCUCCUUCCCCGACCGACCUGGAAACUCCCUCUGCACUCGGAGCUGAACCGUCCUCUGUCCCCGUUUCCUCGCGAUCAUGGCCACAGCGGCGCUGCUCCGCUCGCUGCGACGUCGUGACGUCGCCUCCGCCUCCUUCUCUGCUGCUCAUGGCUCGCUUGGUCGGAGCACGAAGCUGUCAUGGUCUGGUUCAUAUCUAGGUCAAAGUUGGGCAAGUCUGUGCAGACCUUUCAGCUCAAAGUCUGCAGGAAAUGAAGUGAUCGGUAUUGACCUGGGCACUACAAACUCCUGUGUUGCAGUCAUGGAGGGAAAGAAUCCCAAAGUUAUCGAAAAUGCCGAGGGAGCUAGAACCACUCCAUCUGUGGUUGCCUUUAACCAGAAGGGUGAACUCCUUGUUGGUACACCAGCAAAACGCCAGGCAGUGACCAAUCCAACAAAUACGGUCUUUGGAACAAAGCGCUUGAUUGGAAGACGCUUUGAUGAUCCCCAAACUCAGAAAGAAAUGAAGAUGGUCCCGUAUAAAAUUGUUAGGGCUCCAAAUGGAGAUGCUUGGGUUGAGGCUAAUGGACAGCAGUAUUCCCCCAGCCAAAUUGGUGCCUUCAUCCUCACUAAGAUGAAGGAGACUGCGGAGGCAUAUUUGGGGAAGACAAUCAAUAAGGCCGUUAUUACAGUACCUGCCUACUUCAACGAUGCCCAGAGACAAGCAACAAAAGAUGCUGGGAGAAUUGCAGCACUUGAUGUCGAGAGAAUCAUCAAUGAGCCCACUGCUGCUGCACUGUCCUAUGGUAUGAACAACAAGGAAGGUCUAAUUGCAGUUUUCGAUCUUGGUGGUGGAACUUUUGAUAUUUCCAUCUUGGAGAUAUCUAAUGGUGUUUUCGAGGUCAAAGCCACCAAUGGGGAUACGUUCUUGGGAGGAGAGGAUUUCGACAAUGCUCUGCUGGACUUCUUAGUCAAUGAGUUCAAGAGAACUGAGGGGAUUGAUCUUUCCAAGGACAGGCUUGCCCUACAGAGACUUAGAGAAGCAGCUGAGAAGGCCAAGAUAGAGCUCUCAUCGACAUCCCAGACAGAAAUCAACUUGCCAUUUAUCACAGCCGAUGCUUCUGGUGCAAAACACCUGAACAUUACCCUCACCAGAUCAAAAUUUGAGACUUUGGUAAAUCACUUGAUUGAGAGGACUCGGGAACCAUGCAAGAGUUGUUUGAAGGAUGCUGGAAUUUCAACUAGGGAUGUGCAUGAAGUUCUUUUAGUUGGAGGCAUGACACGUGUUCCCAAGAUACAAGAAGUGGUCACAGAGAUUUUCGGGAAGAGCCCAAGCAAAGGAGUUAACCCUGAUGAAGCUGUUGCGCUCGGAGCUGCUAUUCAGGGUGGUAUCUUACGUGGGGAUGUAAAAGAACUGCUACUUCUCGAUGUUACUCCCUUAUCGCUUGGUAUCGAAACCCUUGGUGGUGUCUUCACAAGGCUCAUCAACAGAAAUACAACUAUUCCUACAAAGAAGAGUCAGGUUUUCUCGACAGCGGCUGAUAAUCAGACCCAGGUGGGUAUCAAGGUUCUUCAAGGUGAAAGAGAGAUGGCUUCUGACAACAAGUUGCUUGGAGAAUUCGAGCUCGUGGGCAUCCCACCAGCUCCUAGAGGGAUGCCACAAAUCGAAGUGACCUUCGAUAUUGACGCUAAUGGGAUUGUCACAGUCUCUGCCAAGGACAAGGCAACAGGGAAAGAGCAGCAGAUCACCAUUCGAUCCUCAGGAGGCCUCUCGGAAGGUGAAAUCGAGAAGAUGGUCAAGGAAGCAGAGAUGCACGCUCAGAGGGACAAGGAAAGGAAGGCUUUGAUUGACAUUAAAAACAAUGCGGACACCACCAUCUACAGCAUUGAGAAGAGCCUGGGCGAGUACCGGGACAAGAUACCCAAUGAGGUCGCCAAGGAGAUUGAGGAUGCUGUCGCUGAUUUGAGGAAGGCAAUGGGAGGGGACGAUGCUGACGAGAUCAAGUCGAAGAUGGAUGCUGCGAAUAAGGCUGUAUCAAAAAUUGGGCAGCACAUGACAAGUGGCUCAGCCCCCUCUGGGGGUUCACAGAGUGGAGACCAGACCCCCGAGGCCGAUUUUGAAGAGGUGAAGAAAUAAAUUUCAAGUAAUCAGAUGUUUUUGUAGCCUAUUUCAAUGCCUGUGUGGAGAGAACGACCGGGAAUCUCGAUCUCUCCUUCCCUUUGCUUUAUUAGGAUACGAACACUUAUAUCGCGGUUCUUGCAUGUAAAUAAUGGAGGUCUGGUGCGAGGAUGUAUUUGGUAAAUGAUACAAACGGUUACUGCUCAAUGUUAAACCGGCCAACCCACGUUAUUGCCUGUCGUUAAA